CAAGCGUUAAAUUAUUGAAUACUGACUAUGAAUUUGGAUAAAAUACCCGAGGUCGAUAUGCUGCUUGUGACCAAGAGUGCCCGGCUCCAUCGACGAGCAGUGUUGGGUUUUGUGCCACGUAUUGGUCUCCCAAUUGUGGACUAUGCCGAUGUGGACAGGAUUGAUGCCUUCUAUUUGCAAUGCCAGGAAUAUCGUGACUAUUAUCGGGACCCCUACGACAGGGUUCACAAGCCAUUGAAGUUCACGCAGCACAUGGGCAAAUGCGGCAUUAAGCUGGACACCACUGUGGAUGAGUUGAGGCAGCCAAUCAAUUGGGUGCCCAGGCGUCAACCGUUAAUCGCGCCCAUCGAUUAUCAGUCGUAUAUGAAUUUGGGCGUGCCUAUGGGGGAAAUCUUCAGGGGGAAGUACAGUAAGCAGUCCUGUAUCCGUUACAAGCGCUAAGCAGAAAAAGGACUUUCAUUCUUUCGAUCCGGUCACCUUAUAGAUGGGUUCAUACAAUGAAUUAAAAAAUGUGUUUACAUCUUUAAGUGGUAGAUGAACGUCAGCUAUAAGUGUGCACUAAUAAAAUUAUAUGUCUUAUAUAUUA